GCGCAUCCAAAAUCCAAACACUAAUUACCCAAAAUUCCAAGUUCGAAUCCCAACGGUGGUAACAUUUUUUACGUAUUUUAUAAUUUUAAACUUUGCAAAAUACAUCAACAAAAUAAAUACGACUCGUAAUAUUGUUUUAAACACUAAAAUGAGUUCGUUCUCGCACGUUUGCCACCAAGAGAGAAAGCCAUGACCUCAGGUCACUCACCAUGUAUUUAAGGUUAUGUAACUCGAAAAAUGUUGAAAACAAAGACGGUUCCGAAGCCCUAAUUUAGCCACAAUUUUUUGUCACAAAAAAUGGAUGUAGAGGAACAAAGACGUUUAUUAAUAAACCAAAAUAACCCCCCCGAAAACAGUUCCGAGGAAGAAUGGUCAGAUGAAUCAAGCGAUGAUUCUUAUUACUCCGACAGCGACAGCUCGGUCCCCGAAUGGGAGUCCUCAAUCCACGACACAACCGGCGAGCUCCUCUUCAUCGACUGCCACCCCUUCGUCACCCAAAACAUCGACACCACCAAGCCCAAAACCCCCUUACAACCCUUCUCCAAAGACCAGCUCCGGCGCAGCACCCGGGGGAAGUUCCUCCGCCUGAUCAGACGCCGCGAGAGCCAGAGACACAGCCGCCGCUACCCCAAAACCCCAGACCUCGACUCCACCACCAACAAAGUGAAGUUUCAUGACUCGCAGGAGGGCGAGGAGAAAGAAGUGGUUUUAAAACUGAGUCGCAAACCCGAGCUGGGCCUCCCAGAGAGUCUCCUCGGAAUCAGCGUUGGCACGCUUUCGGACGGCAAUAGAGUCAUGGUUGCGGGGUUUCCCCCAGAUAGCGAGGCCAAGCAUGAGAAAAACAUAAAGAUCGGCGAUUGGCUCAAAAGUGUGAACAAUAUUCCGGUGACCAAUCAGAACUUGAACAGCGUGCUUGAUAAGCUCAGUGAUAAGCAUGAGGUGCUGUUGAAGCUGCAAAGAGUGGCGGGGGUGGAAGUGACUAAAGACCCGCCAAUCAAUGAAUUGAAUUGCCAGUCGCGGUUCGUGAGAGAAUUGGUUGGCUUUGGCAAAGAAGACGAGCAAUUGUUACUCGAGAAAUUGGCGCAAUAUCCAAUAGGAAUCCUCUAUUUAAACACGGAUAAACUCAGCGAGGGAAACCCCGAGUAUGAUGACGUCAUAUAUUCCUACCCACUGCCGUUCCAGAAGUCGGUCUUGUGCCAAUCACGCGGCAUUUUUAUCACACUUAAUCACCUCAUUAACGACGUUACUCGGACAAAACCCCAGUCAACGUCGUUUUUCCACAGAGAUAAACUCUGCCACCUGACUUACACCCAAGAGAACAACAAGCUACUCCUGUUUUUGUUUCCCGACAGUUGCGCCUCUGUGAAAGAAUCAGUCUUGAUAAGCAACGAAAUUAAACGAAUGUUUUUAUUUAUGUAUCAAAGCCUGGACCAGUGUUUCACAAUCGAGUCCAACCGACAACAAAUCAACCAUUUUUUCGCCCGUUGCUUUACCCGACUUUUAAACGCCAAAAAGUGGACAACUAGUGACUAUAUCACCGGGAACAAGGCUUUAGCCGAGCCCAGUCAAUGUCAAUUCGAAGACGUUCUUCCAGUAGCCCCGACUUUGCCGUUACCUAACGAGGCAUACAUGCAAGUGGACGACGCUUUGACCGAACUCGAAGCUAGUGAUUAUCGGGAAUGGAACGAGGAACCGCUUGAUUGUCAACGCCUUUUCACGAUACUCGGCAGCGCCUUGUACCACCACGGUUAUUUGCUGAUCUCCCAUUUAAUGUACGAGGAUUUGAUCGAUGUUCAUGUUUUUUGCCGGCAACAGGGGUUCUUCCACUUGUCCAAAACCGAACCGGUUAAGACGCUCCUGUUGUGGAAGGAGGUUUUUCCGCACUCUUGCAACCGAAGCGCGAACACCAACGCCAAAAUACCGGACGGUAAAAGAUACUUACUGUUGGUGGGGAGCAGGAAAGACCUCUUAGCUGUGAUAAUGGAAGCCGGCGGUUGCACAGAACCGGCUGAAGACAACAUGGGCCCGGACGCUUUUUACGUGGAAGAGGCCCAAGCCACUUUGGCCCACAUCCAAGAGCUGGGAAUCCCCGAGCUUGCCGAUCGGUGGAUUUCGACAAAUCCCGGGCCGCAGGUGACAAUCCCCGAAACGUGCACCAAGCGCAAGUCGGAUUUCUUGGACACUUUGAGCAAAUCAGUGUCGCAACAUAAGGAAGGCAGAAAACCGGAAGUGACUUCGAUUUUGAAGCGGCGUAAUUCGGACCAGAAUGUUACGAAUUCGAGCUCAUUUUUCCUGGAUGAUCAUUCGGAUUCGGGGAGUCAGUGCGAGUCGAGGAGGAGUCGGUGCGAUUCCGAUGACUCGGAUGAUUACGGGGAUGGGAGUCAGAUGAGCAACAGCAGCUUUGAUAUAUCGGAGUUGAGGCAAACGAUUUUGUCCGAAACUGGAGAGAUACAGCCGAGACAAUUGACGGCCGGGAAAGACAAUGUUUUGUUCCAUUUUAUUCAGUUUGAUGCAACUGAAGGCAUCUUGAUUGGUCCGCCUGAGUGUCGGCUCCAGUCGCAAACGAUUGACGCGAUUCUCGAUUGUUUCAGAAACGCCUGUCAUAAGUUUCAUUCUUUGUUUCAAAAUACGUUGCGAUUCAAAAAUAUGCCAGCGCAAGACAUGGCGAAAUCAGUGAUGAAUAAGAGUUUGAUUGCAAUAAAAGAACAUGGCGUUAUGUUUGAAUGUCCUUUUUUGGACGACAUCGAUAAUAAGAAGAGUAACAUAAAAUACUGGGUCGUUGGAAGACUGUUUUAUAUGCCUCAUCCAAGGGAGGUCUAUGUCUGUUAUCAGGAAAAUAUUCCACAAAAUAUCAUCGAGUUGGCUUUUAAAAUUGAUUUAGACCUCGCGAAAUGAUUGGCUAUGCUUCCCUCUUUCCUUUACUUUCCCUUAGUAAAUUUUUUAAAACUCCUUUAAUCUGGAUGAUGUGAUGCUUCCUUUACACACACUAAACACAUAAUUUUAAAAAUCCCGAACUCGAAAAUUUAUUUUACGUACUGAUUAACUUUAUCCGAACACUCCCGAGACAAAAUAAUUGAAUUAAAUUGCAAAUAUUUGUUGAAAUAAAAACCUUGGCUUUCUUUUUAACUUAAAAAAAUAAAUUCAAUUGAAACAAG